GCGCUCAGCGCAACCUUUGCAAGAGUAUAAAUAUAACCGUGGCCCCCUGGAGGACAGGUGAUGGGUGAGAUGAAGACGAGAGCCGACCGAGGGAGAAACGAAGAAAGACUUCUCUUCACUUCGUGAUUGUUGAGCGGCUGUCAGAAACAGUGGACGACGCGUCCAGCUUCUGUUUGAUGAGGAACUGAGGCCUGGACGAAGGCGGACUGUCUCCAGAACCAGAACCCUCCACGUAGCCCCUGAGUUCGGCCACAGCCAGCUGGUCCAGGACCUGCAGCUCGUCUUCAGAGGGAAACAUGCUGGUUGACAUGGGAAAGAAGAGAGGGAAAAGCUCCCGAGAAGAGGACGAAUUCCUCGACCUGACGGUUCCUUCCUGCCGACAUAUCAGAAAGGGAACCGACCAAACGAUCAUCAAGAAAGUUCCAGCCAGCUGCAAGUGGACGACGUGUCAGGAUUGUAAUGAACAAGAUGAGGGUGAGAAUGCAGACGCUGAGCUCAUGCAGGAGCUUGAGGAUGAAGCAGAUGCUGUCGCAGUGUGGAUGUGCCUCAAGUGUGGCCACAGAGGUUGUGGGCGACAUUCUGAGAACAAGCACGCCAUCAAACAUUACGAGACUCCUCGGUCCGAUCCGCAUUGUCUGGUGAUCAGUCUGGAGCAGUGGAGCGUGUGGUGCUACAUCUGCGAUGAAGAGGUCCAAUAUUCCAGAACCAGCCAUUUGGCCCAGCUGGUGACCAAUCUCAAAAAGAAAGUUUUGGCGUCAGAUCCAGAGAAUCAGCCGCAAAAAAAGGUGAAAGACGAAGAUGUCAUUCUGGAAGUGGAGCCAGUGAAAGCAGAGGAUGGUGAGGAGCAGGAUGACAAAGAAAACAGAGGCUCACUAAAGAAGAACAGCAAGAAGGAGAAAGUCGGGAAGCAAAAGAACAUUCCAGGAGAAGACUGUGGCAGCGUUCCUGUCAAAGGACUCAGUAAUUUGGGAAACACGUGUUUCUUUAAUGCAGUGAUUCAGAAUCUUUCCCAGACUCAGCAGCUGAGAGAAACUCUCAGCAAGGUGAAGGACGAGAAGAUGAGUGUGACCUUCAAACCACCAGCCUCUUCAAAUCUUGAGUCAAUCGUGGCGCUGCUGGACGACCCGGGACCUCUCACCAUGGCCAUGUGUAAGCUCCUUAAUGAGAUCCAGGAAUCCAGCCGGAGCACGGUGCUGCCGCAGGAGCUCUUCUCUCAAGUUUGUAAAAAAGCUGCCAGGUUCAAAGGGUUUCAGCAGCAAGACAGUCAGGAGCUGCUCCGCUACCUGCUGGACGGGAUGAGAGCCGAGGAGAUCAAAAGGGCGACUGCGACUGUAAUGGAGAAGCUGAAGGAGAUGAACAAAAAUGAUGAAGAGCUGAAGGAUCUUGUGAAAGAGUACGAGAAAAUUGGGUUCCGGGAGAAUUUUGUGGACCAGGUGUUUGGCGGGGAGACCACCAGCACCAUCAUGUGUCAGCGGUGCAAAACGGUGUCGGUUGUCAACGAGAUGUUCCUGGAUCUUUCUCUGCCUGUUUCCGAAGAGGCGUACAGGAAGUUCAGCCUAAUUAAAGGUGGACAGAAGAUGAGCGAGUCACACCGGCACCACAGCGGUGACAGCCUGAUGAACGGCACUGACGACAGCCCUUCAAGUUCUGGAAGCAAGUACCAGCAGAAGAAAGCCAAGAAGCAGGCAAAGAAACAAGCCAAGAGUCAGAAGAGGCAGCAGAAGAUGGAGGGCAGGAUGAUUCUCAACACUAAAUUAGACAUGGAAGGUUCUGCUUUAGAGGAGCCUGAGGAGGAUUCUGCUGAGACCUCUGAGGAGAACCAGAAGAACCUGGACUCUGUCAAGACUGAGGAGGAGAAGGAAGAGCAGGAGGAUUCCACCGUUGACUGCGAGUCACCUGUCAACAAUCGCUUCACCGUCCUAUCAGAGGACGGCGUCAUAUCCAGCCCAAAUCCAGACCCGGACUCGGAUCUAGUCAACGAAAUGGAGGAGCUGAACUUGGACGACGCGUUUCUUGAGCUCAGCUCCGACAGACCGGAGGAGGAGUCGGUGGAAACUUCGGAGUACACCGUGGUGAACCAGGACCCGGAACUGGCCUUCCAGACGCUGGCGCCUCGACCGCCUCCUGAGAAGCAGGAGUGCUCGGUCUACUCGUGCCUGUUUCAGUUCACCGACGUGGAGACGCUGAGUCACAGCAACAGUCUGCUGUGCGUCACAUGCACCAAACAAAAGGGGAGCCGAAACAAGACUGAAGGGCCCAAGAAGAAUGUUUACACUGACGCCUUGAAGCAAAUGCUGAUCUCCUCUCCGCCGCCAGUCCUCACACUACAUUUAAAGAGAUUUCAACAGAUUCACUACAUGAUCAGUAAAGUGAACCGACACGUGAACUUCCCCUUAGUUCUGGAUCUUGCCCCCUUCUGUGCCGUCAACUGCAAGCACCUGUCCGAGGGAGACACCCGGGUCAUGUACAGCCUGUACGGCAUUGUCCAGCACAGCGGGACCAUGAAGAGAGGACAUUACACCGCCUAUGUGAAAGUUCGACCUCAAAGCCCCAAACCCCCCUCAGCUGCAGGGGAUGCUGAGAGUCCUAAAGGAUCCUGGUACCAUAUCAGCGACACCAGUGUUCAGCCUGUGAGCGAGAGCACCGUGCUGGGGUGCCAGGCUUACCUCCUUUUUUAUGAGAGGAUAUUUUAAUUACCCUUAAGACAUCCAAAUAAAUCAACUUGCUGCAGGAUUUGCUGUAA